AUAAGGAAGAGGAACAGGCUAUGACCUAAUGCUUGCUUGGACCAAUAUAAGCAUGCCAGGGCAAAUAUUUAGGCUAAACUGUGGAAGCUAGGAACAUAAAGUAAAUUGAUUUAUUACGGCUAGCAGAUAUUUAAGAAUGUUAACAGAGGUCUUUGAAUAAAUUUUGCUUCUAAGAGAUGUUACUAUUUAUUCCUAAUUAGACGGAGAGGAAAGUCUUUGAAGAGGAACCUCUACUUUCCUUUUUACAUCCUCAAAACAGCCCUGUGUAAUUCGGAGAUGGUGGCAGCUUGGGAGGUUGCGACAGCUUCAUUCCUGGUGCUCUGGGAAUAUGGUGCAAGGCAAGGACCUACCACUUCUGCACCAUGUGGCCUUCCUUGAUCACCUGUGUAAGCAGAAAUCAGAAGUGGAGGAAGAAGGGGAAGAAGAGGAAGAGCGGGAAGACGAGGCAUCUCUGGAUCCACUGAAGCCAUGUUCUCCUACCAAAGAAGCUCCCACUGGAGAGAAAGCCACUCCAGCCCCACCCCAGCCAUCCUGUGGUUCUGAGGGCCUCCUCAAGGCUAUAGGGAUACCAGAGCAAACAGUCAUGCAGCCCGUGAGCCCUUCCAGAUCCUUCCCCAUCUUCCAGAUUCUGACCAGCUUUCCUGUGAGGCACAAGAUAGCAUCAGGGAACCACCGGCAGCAGAGAAAAAGCCUGCUCUUCUGGGGUCUCCCCUCUCUGCACAGCGAGUCCUUGGAGGCCAUCUUCCUGAGCUCAGGUGGCCCCUCUCCUCUGAAGUUGUCUGUUUGUUCUUCUGUCUUCUUCAACAAGCUUGCCUUCCUACCUAGGUCCAACCUGUUGCUUCCCCAGUAUCACUCCUCAGCCCAGUUUUCUACCCAUGAGGCCCAUACUAUGGAAGAUCUAGAAGGGAUGGCCCCCGAUCCUCAGCUGCUUCCACCUCCAUCUUCUCCUUCUGUCUCAUCACUACUCCUCCAUCUGAGGCCCUUCCCUGUGGACCACAAGGGAGUUUUAUCUGGCGCUGAGGCACCCACACAGUCCCCUGGAACUAGCCCCCUGGAAGUUCUCCCUGGAUAUGAGACUCAUUUGGAAACCACAGGACACAAAAAGAUGCCCCAAGCUUUUGAGCCUCCGAUGCCACCCCCCUGCCAAUCCCCAGCUUCUCUGUCAGAACCCAGAAAAGUUAGCCCUGAAGGAGGACUUGCUAUAUCUAAGGACUUCUUGGGAACCAUGGGAUACAGAGAGAAACCUCAGGCCUCUGAGUCUUCAAUGCCAGUCCCUUGCCCUUCCCUAGACUCCCUGCCAGAACUCCAGGGAGAGAGUUCCCUGGAAGAUCCAUCCAGAUAUAAGCCCCAGUGGGAAUGCAGAGAAAACUCAGGAAACCUCUGGGCUUUUGAGUCUCCAGUCUUGGACCUCAACCCAGAGCUCUCUGGAACCAGCCCUGAAUGUGUCCCACCAGCAUCUGAGACACCAUGGAAGGGCAUGCAAAGUAGAGAAAAUAUUUGGGUCCCUGCAGACCCAGUUUCACCUCCCAGCCUUCCCUCAGUCCCUCUCCUGGAGUCUCUAGUAAUGGGUCCCCAGGGAGUCCUGUCUGAAUCCAAAGCUUUGUGGGAGACCAUGGGGCAGAAAGAGAACCUCUGGGCAUCUGAUUCCCCAGACCCUGUGCAUAGCACACCUCCAACCACCCUUAUGGAACCAUACAGAAUCAAUCCUGGGGAAGGCCUCACUACAUCAGAAGCUACAUGGAAGGAUACUGAGCAUUCCAGGAAUUCCUGGGCUUCUAGGUCUCCAUCUCUGGCCCUCAGCCCACCCCCAGCUCUUGCACCGGAGCUGCUCAGAGUUAGAUCCAUGGGGGUCCUGUCUGAUUCUGAAGCUAGAUGUGGGGACACAGAAAAGAGAAAAAACUCCUGGGCCUCUAAGCACCCAGCUUGUAACUUACCCCAAGACCUGCAUGGAGCCAGCCCUCUGGGAGUCUUGUCUGAUUCUCAGUCUAUUGUAGGGGAAAUGGAGCAAAAAGAAAACUGUGUUCCUGUGUUCCCAGGUGGGGGCUCCAGCCCAUCCUCAAACUCUGUUUCAAAGUCCCACGUAAGUGAGCCUAUCGCAGACCAAAGCAACUAUAAGCCUGACGGGGAGGCAGUGGAGCAAAGAACGAACCACUGGGCCACUGAGCUCCCAGCCCCCAGCUCACUCUCUACUCCUCUACCAGAGCCACACAUUGACCUUGAACUUGUGUGGAGAAAUGUGCAACAAAGAGAAGUUCCCCAAGGCCCCAGCCGUCUGGCAGUGGAUCCCCUACACCCAGUACCCCAGCCUCCCACCCUAGCUGAAGCUGUGAAGAUUGAACGCACUCAUCCUGGUCUACCCAAGGGAGUAACGUGCCCAAGGGUUAAGGCAGAGGCCCCACUCUCCCAGAGAUGGACUGUCCCAGAGUUGCUCACCCAUCCUGGGAUCCAUGCCUGGCAGUGGAGUAGAGAGCUGAAACUCAGGCUGAAGAAACUGCGGCAGCGCCCUGCCUCCAGAGCCCCCGGCCCAAGUCAAUCAUUUUGCAGCUCCCCUAUUCUGAGCUCCACAAUUCCAGACUUCUGGGGACUCCCUUCCUGCCCACCACAGCAGAUUUAUCCCCCCAAUCCAUGCCCCCACUCUUCAAGUUGUCAUCCUCAAGAAGUUCAGGGCACAGUACCUCAGCCUGUCCAGUCCUCCCACUGUCAUCACUUCCAAUCCUCUUCCCAGCUUCAGCCACAGGAGUCUGGCAGGGCAGAACAAGGGUCUCAGAGAGGGGAGAAAAUGAAGGGGAAGAUGGUGAGCCAGGUCCCAUCCCAAGGGCCAUGUGUACACAUGGAGGCUGGUGUGGACUAUCCAUCUCCAGGCCCAGGAGAACCCUCAAACUCUAAGGUUCUGGUCUCAGGCAAGAGAAAAGACAAGGCUUCAGCCUCAUCCUCAGCCAAAAAGAGAGAGCACCCUAGGAAACCCAAAGCAGGAGACCAUAGAAGAGGGACUGUAAGGUUGGGGUUAUCCACAGUCACAGGGAAGAACCACCCUGCCCAGGCCAGAAGCGUAGUAGAGGCCCCUGUAAGCACAUUUCCCCAAAGGUCUCAACACAGGGGCCAGAGCUCUCAACACACUGCUCUUCCCCAGCUGCUUCUCCCCAAAGCUUCGGGUCCCCAGGAUCAGCCAGAGGCAGGGCAAAGAGCAAGUGACAUCCUGACCCCUCGCCACUGUAAGCACUGUCCUUGGGCCCACGUGGAGAAGCAUCUCUCCUUCCCUACCCUCAAGGCUUCCCUUACCAGGGGUUUGCAAAAGGUGUUAGCCAAAUGCCUGGGUAACCAUCGACCCCUACCCACCAAAUCUAGUCAGUAGAGAAAAGGCUGGUAAUACUAGCACUUGGUAUGCCAAGACCUGAAGCCAAACCAGGGGGAAGGUGGGGAUGUAGAGACAAGAAAUGGAAAUUCUAAUAAACUAGCUGAAUUAGAUAAA